AUGGAAACGGAAGAGGACUGUUGCUACGAAGCUGACUCGGAAACGGAGGAGAGCGAGGAGGAGUGUUACCCGGGAACUCCAUCUACCGGCGACGAGACAUCUUCGGAGGACGACCAAUUCGACCUCAAAGAGAUGUACGACAGGGGCAAGGUGCCAAAGGAGCUCGAUUUCCCCGGCGCCUUGUGGCGGGGACCUAAUCUCGUCGUCAUCGAAAAUAACGGAUUGAAGCGACUCGGCGCUGUCAAGCGAAAGUUGAAGGAAAUCGAGAGAGAAGGACUGUCCGACAGCGAGUUGAAUUACCAAGAAGAGAAGAAGUUCUUGAUCGAGAGCAAGCACGCGCUCAUAAAGAAGAGUUUGCAGCUGGUGAAGCUGCGCGCCGAGAAGUUCUCUCAGAAGCCGCCGCUGAUGAACAUCGACAUCGACUCGGAGCAAGAAUUCAUUCCAGCGACGCCGCCCGAAAUGGUCGAAAUGGAGAAAGUGUCCACUUCCAUCGUCCGCGACGAAAAACUCUUCGCCACUUCCCGCUUCAUGUUCGCCAGACCGGACACUGAAGACGAAAAAGAUCCUGCUUUCAAAACACUUGAAAAUGCUGGCAUGAAUCUCUUCUCCGCGCUCAAAGUGGCGCAUGACCAGCCCAGUCCGAUGGCCAACUCGAAGAGCAUUGAGUUCCACUCUAACUCAGCCAAGCCAGCUUCCAAAAAGAGCUCCAAAUCGAAGAAGAAGGGCUCCAAAGGGUCCUCCAACAACAACAACAACAACUCUAAAAAUACGAAAAACGAGGAGCCCCCGCGACCGAGUUUCUCCGAGUUGAAUUUGCCGAUUCUGUUCGAUCCUGAAAUGUCCGGACGCGAAAUUCCGCGAAGCUUGCCACCUGCCAAUCUGGAGCACGCGAUUCUGCUCACUGUCAGGCUCGAAGCACUUGGCGUAAUCGCCGCUGCUGAUCAAAAGGCAAACGCUAAACACUCGGCUCAAAAGCUCGAGUUCGAUCUAACGUACGCGUUUUUGAUCACGUGGCUGCUCCAGCUGGUCCCCAAGUAUCACGAUUUCGCAGAAGGCGAGCCGGUCUCCCCGCUUCAGGACGAAGUGCCCUUCAACGUACUUGGCUUCGACGUUCGCGGCCGCGGUGGCGACUUAUAUCUCAACAUCUCCGUCGUCGUCAAGAAAGAAAAGGAGCCCGAGCAGCGCCAGAAAAAGGGAAAGAACAAGCAACAGUCGUACUUCAACGAGUUGAGCAACACGGUCAAGAAGUACCUCAACGCAGUCACCAUCAUGGAAGUCGUCAGCUCGGUUUGGCAAUCGGAGGAAGGGGCAACGCUGCACAAGCUCACCAACCUCACUGAUGUCACCUGGAGCGAGAAGAAACUCGGCAAUUUCAUCCAAGUUUCUACUGAUAGCAAUGCGAUUUCGCGCAUUUUCGGCAACAGUCAAUACGAUCUCGAGUUCGGUCUCGUCGGGGAGCCACCGGUUAACAUUUCCCAGAUCAACAACACGAGCGCGAUUCCUCUUGAAAAUGCGUUUGGAUUGAUCCACGGCGGCGCCUUCGCUUACGGCUGGCCGAUCAUGGAGAUGUUUCUGCGCAUCCAGGCCGAGUGCAUGGACAUUUCCGCGCUGCGCCUUGUCUGGAUCGUCAAGUCUGAGUACAACGCCGUCACUCUCUCGCAAACCUACACGGACGAGAACUUGGAACGGAACAACGCCUUCGUCCCGGCCUUGGCGAUCGGAGUGCGCGGCUUCAACGCCUGCCAAAUGUGGCAAGACAUCUGCGGCCCGCGAAACGUCAAGGUCGCCCAGUUCACCGACUCUAACAGUCUCUCGGCGAACCACGGCGACUACCUCUUCCAGAAGCUCUAUCUCUCGCAAGCGAGCCUCCACCAGCUCAAAGAGAUCCGCACUGAGAGCGAAAUGCUCAUGAGCCAACCCGAACCGCAGCCACGAGCAGUACAGUCUCUUCUUCGGCGGCGAGGUGCACAUCUACUCCCUCAAAAGAACAAACUCACUGUCGAAUCGAUCCGGGCGGAGUGCAGAGACCACUUCUGCUCUUACCACGACCCAAGCUCCAUUGUUUUCUUCGUCAGCCAUCGACUUCCUCUGCGCUACUUGGGCGAUUUUACGCGAAACUUGCAGAACUACGGCUGCUCCAUCCAGGCCAUUAGAAGAGUUUCUGCUUCCGCGUCUUCGAAUCUCUCUAGUCUCUUCGGCGAGGGAUUUGAAAAAGUGAUCGGCCAAGAGGUAGGAGGCUUCUGCGUCAUUGCCAAGCGCGAGAACGCGGGACUCCACUGGGUCGGGAUCAUGAACAGACUCAAGGAAGAGAUCCUGGGCUUUCUUCUCCGCGACAAACCGGACAUGAUCGACGACGUCCUCCAGCACACCAUCUAUUGCCAGCCUCUUACUGCGGAGAUGGUCCGCCCUCUCCGUGAUCUAAUGUGCUCGAAUCCGAAGAUCGAGCCCUUGUCUUGGAAGCCCGUCGGCUGGUACAAAACGCUUUCUGAAAGUUGCGAGCAGACGACUUGCCUGAUCAUUUCCGGUCCUCACGCUCCCGCUUCGGUCGCUAUAACGCUCUACGAAAUAUUCAGCGGCGAGAACGGUUCCUCCGAUUACCAACUUUGCGAUGAGCUUUCCUCUCUGCCCAACGGCGGCUUCGAACUGGUCGCCAUUCGCCAAGUCUACCAAGUGACGGAAUACCAAGCCCGCGAGCUGGUGAACGUCGACUACUCCGACAAGAACUACGAAGAGAGCAUCAACGAGUUGUACGAAAACCCGCUGGUGGUUUUGGUGCUCCGAAGAAUCGACGCGAUCAAGCGAGUCGACGAGUACGUUCAAUCCGUUUUCCUCAAAAGGAAAAUCAAAAUGACGUUCACCGACUCUGCCUCCUGGACCAGACGGGCCAUUAAUUGCCUGUUCUUCCCACAUGAACUGGAAGAAGACAAUUCCUGCCGCGGCCACCUUCGAUUUUGGCCAGAAUCGAAAGAAAAAUCCCCGAGUCUCUUUUUUCUCAAAGCGUGCCCACCCAAGUGGUGCCCUUCUUGUUGA